AUUUAAGUUAACAUAUAUUAUUUUAAUUAAUUAAAUUGUGGGCUAAUCAUUUUAGCUUUAAUGAUAAUAACACUCUAGGUCUAUCCAUAUGGGAGAUUAUAGCAAAUAUAACUUUUAUAUUAGCCUAUUAUUUUUUCCAAAAGCAAAUAAAUAAAUCCACAUUUGUGUCACCGCGGAUUUCUGAUAUAGGCCUAAAUCAAAUUAGCGAAAGAUAUAUUGUGACAUUUAAAAAUGAGAAACAUGUCAACUUUAGAGAUUCUUCCUCGGAAAUUCAAAUCCCCAUCACUUAAUUGUAUUUAUUUAUUUUCCCCCUCCUCCGGGAAAUAUAACAAGGCAUGAUGAUAUAAAGAAACAAUUUAAAUAAACUAUUCGCAAAAAAAUGCGAAUGUAUUUUUUUAAUUGUUAAGACUUAAAUUAUUACUCGCGUGCAAUGACCGCGAAAAAAAACAGAGUUUAUAAAGCGGUGUCCGUGACCGGAGCGCACGCAUAGCCCGACUCCAUUCAGACAGAAGAAGAGCAGUGGAUAAGAAGACAGACAAUUUUCCUAAGCAGCUAAACCCCCCCUCAAAACAUCGUAAGUAUAUUUUUUGGUUGACUUUAAGACAUCUUCUCAGUAUUUAUGUUUAGAGAUAGUAAUAAUAGUAAAUUGUAUUUUUUUAUGCUACUAAGAUAUUACUUCCUUUUUCUUACCAUCAGAAUGGCGCAUCCAUAUUCCACCCCUCAAAAGCUGGCGCUAAAAUGUAUACAGACACGUCUAAUCCAAAAAGCUGGCUCAUUUGUCCGCCGAGGGUUUAAAAUUACCAUUGACACACAGCACACAUCAACAGUCUGUGCCCUCACAGAUGGUAGUAGGGCCAUUUACCACAAAAAAAAUGGCUCGUAUCCUGAAUUUGAGGAGGGGGCAUCGUAUAUUUUAAAAAAUUGCACAUUGUCCGACAGACAUGGGAGGCUCUGUCUUCUUGUGGGAAGAUCCACAUUAAAGUUUAGAACAGCUCCAUUAAAAAUUUCUGAGGAGGCAGAGAGAGCUGCAGUGGAAUUAAUCCAUCCACCAUCCUAUUCUGCCACUGGUGAGGAGGAGGAUCUGUUUUCCAGGAGUGGAUAUCUCAGCCUCCUAGGAAAAGUUGAAAAAAUCCAGAAAGUAAGGAUGACAAUGUCAGACAUCCCAGUCUUGGACCUCAAAAUGAAGUGCGGCGAAAGGCUCCUUGAUGUGUCCCUGUGGAGGGAUGAAGCACUCAGUGAACUCCAUGAGGGAGACAAUGUGCACAUCAGCCAUAUGCGUGCCACCAUUUUGGCAAGUGGCAAUGCAAAACUUCAGUCAUCGAACUAUACUACCAUUAAGAUCGAGGAGGUUGAACCUGUCGAACAGGAAGUUGAAGUUGUGGGAGUGACUGAAAUUGAUGACAACUGCCACCUACUUACUGCGGAUGAUGAAAUCUUUGUUGUGCCUUCUGAACAUUAUUGUGGCAGCAUUGAUGACCUAAUCAUGGAGUUGCCCAUGAAAAUUAUUGUAAAUCAUGUUAAUAAACGAGUAGUUAGCGUACAAACAGUAAACUAAUCAGUAAUCAGUUCAGCGAAUCAGUUUUAUUGUAGUCAUAGCUUUAUAGACUAAUCAGUAAUCAGUUCAGCGAAUCAGUUUUAUUGUAGUCACAGCUUUAUAGACUAAUCAGUAAUCAGUUCAGCGAAUCAGUUUUAUUGUAGUCAUAGCUUUAUAGACUAAUCAGUAAUCAGUUAAGCGAAUCAGUUUUAUUGUAUUUUAUUUUUUUUGUAGUUAUAUAUAUAUAUAUAUACACUUUUGCAUAAUAGUAAAAAAAUAUUUUACACUAUUAGUUAUUUGUGCUUAUGCUAAUGCAAAUUAAUGUUAAAUAAAUUUGUUCUUGUUCAAAUUUAUUGAAAUUGUUUAAACACUUUAUUGCACAAUCACUUAGGCUGUGUCUGUAUUUAUACCUCACUAUCACACAGAUGAAUUCAAAAACACAAAUCUUAAUUAGUAAUGCUUUUUAGAAAUCUUAUGAUCACCAAGGCUGCAAUAAUUUUAAAAUUGAAAACCUUAUGCACAAAUGCUAUUUUGGGGAUUUCCGCUUGGCAUUUUUCCUACCUAAAUUCAAAAGCUUCCCAUACCCACACCCACAUGCAGUGGUGUACAUACAAAAGUUUGGUAUCAUUUUACAGGAAAUCUUUUGAAAUUACAUUAAACAGUUGAAAUUGAUGAAAAUGAUCUUAUAUGUUGUAGCUCAAUUGGUAGAGCACUGCGCUAUCCAAAUUUGAAGUGUCCCCAUACCCACAUACAUUGGAAUAAAUGCAAUCUUUAUAUCAUUUGACAGAAAACACUUGUGAAGUGACAUUCAGCCAAGUAUGGUAACCCAUACUCAGAAUUUGUGCUCUGCAUUUGACCCAUCCGAAAUGCACACAC